AUCGGCGACUUCAACUACUCCCGCCACCGCGCCCCAACCCGCACCCGCCUCGAGACCGUCCUCUCGGCUCUCAUCCACGGCCCAACACUCACCUACUCGUCCGGCGUAGCAGCCGUCCACGCCUACCUCAUCGGCCUACGGCCCCGACGAGUCGCCAUCGGCGAAGGCUACCACGGCAGCCGACAGGUCAUCCAGCUCUACGCAUCCCUAACGGGCUGCGAGAUCCUCCGCUACGACGAGCUCGACCAGCUCCAGGCGGGCGAUGUGAUCCACCUCGAAACGCCAAUCAAUCCUACCGGCGAAGCGGCAAACAUCCGGUACUACGCUACCGAGGCGCACAAGCACGGUGCGUAUCUGGUGGUUGACGCGACGUUUGGCCCGCCGGGGCUACAGGAUCCGUUUGCGCUUGGGGCGGAUGUGGUCGUGCACAGCGGGACGAAGUACUUUGGUGGGCACCAUGAUCUACUCUGUGGGACGCUGACUGUGCCGCCGGGCCGACGGGAUUGGUUCGCGACGCUGUGCGAGCAGCGGACGAUUCUCGGGAGUGUGCUGGGGAGUAUGGAGGGGUGGCUGGGGUUGCGGAGUCUGCGGACGCUGGAGUUGAGGGUGUGCAGGCAGAGUGAGAAUGCCACGGGGCUGGUUCGGUGGUUGGCGGGAUGGCUGGAAAGUGAAGGGGAUAAUGUGGUUAAGAGGACAGUGGACGUCGUGCGGCAUGCUAGUCUACAGGACGAGGAUAUGGAUUGGUUGAAGGAGCAGAUGCCGAACGGGUUUGGGGCGGUAUUUGCCGUGGAAAUGAAGAACGAGGCGAUGGGUCGGCGGCUUCCUGGUGCUUUGCGGCUGCUCCAGCAUGCGACUAUUCUCGGUGGCGUGGAGAGUCAGCUCGAAUGGAGGAGGCUGGUGGAUUCGACGGCGAAACCGACGCUGCUGCGGUUCAGUAUUGGAGUCGAGCAUCUGGAUGACCUGAAGGCGGAUCUUCUGCGUGGAUUGGAAUCUGUAGUUGAUUUAUAG